GACAAAGAUGAGGAACAGCUGUCAAGGCCCCUUGUCCUCUGACCCCCCGGGGCUCCUGAGGGCCAUCAGCCUCCUGCUGGGUGCCUGGAUCGUUGGGGCGCAGGGGCCCCCCAUGAACCACACGCGGGGAGACUCCGUCCUCUUCCCCCUAAGCGUCUCCGUGACCUCCGACUUACGGGCGGUCGAAUGGACCUUCGUGACCAAGAAGCAGGAUAUCGUGGAGCUCCAGGCCGGGCCCCAGGAGGUCUUGCCCACCUGGAUCCAGGAGAGAUACAAACAGAGGGUCCACAAUGUCGCCGGGAUCUCCCUGAGUUUGCUGGAUGUGACCCCUGAGGACAGCGGCACCUACGAGGCCCAAGUCAAAUUCCAAUCAGGAACGGUCCAGAAGCAGCAAUUCACCCUCGCGGUGUACGAGCCGGUCCCCGUCCCCGAGAUCCAUCGGCGGCCCGCAAGCCGGGCCUCGGCCUGGUGCAACGUGACUCUGGAGUGUCGGCUCCCGGGGGCGGGAGAGGGGGCGGCCGUGACCGUGAGCUGGAGGAGGGGGGACCCCCCGGAGGAGCUGGCGGCGGCGGAGCGGCGGGGGCUGUCCCCCGACCACCGGACCCUCAGCCUGGCCCUGCCUUUGCCCCGUCCCAACAUCACCUCCUUCACCUGCCUGGCCCGCUCUCCCGCCCAGGAGAGAAGCGCCUCCAUCCAACUCGGGGACCCCUGCGCCUCACCGGACUCCUCCACUAAAGCCCCCCAGCCCCUGACUCCGAACUAUGGGAUUGCAGUUCCCGAGAGCUGGAAGUACAUGAUCGGAAUAUUACCUCCCAUGAUCCUGGUGACCCUCGGGGCCGCACUGUGGUUCUGGAAAAAGAAGAAGAAGAAGAAGAGGAAGAAGGCGUCGGCCGGGAGAGAAGUCGGCGACACAGAAGUUUACUACGCCGAGCUGAGACCACCCAACCGCCCCGUGGACUACUACCAGGAAGUGGGCCGAGGCGGCCCAUCGGCCGAGAGCCGGAACCCGCCGUCGACCAUCUACAGCGAGAUCCAGAGAUUUCCCGCCAGACCCCCGCGGAGGAAGACGUAGCGGCCCCGGCCACGCGGAUCCGACCCUCAGGCCUCGAGCGGACACAUCCAACCCCUUCGGAAAAAGUUUCACCCUCCUGGACCGCCGACAAAUUACGAACCCUGGCU